CUGAAUUUGUAUUCGAGCGCAAUAGUCGUGAAGUUAAAGAAACGUUAAGAAAAAAUAAAGUUUGGAUGAUGUGCAAUAAUUAAUAAAAAGUUUACAUUGAUUAGUAACGAAGAAAGGCGAAAUAUUGAAAUGCAAAAAGUCGAUUAUUAGCAGUCUUACACAAUACAGUGACUUGUCUUAAUUAACUUGGAUACUCAAUAAAAUAAAUUUCUUUUGAUUACAUGAAUGCAUCAAUAUUCUGUGUGACGUGAGACAAAACCAACCCAAUAGGAUAAUUUUUUAAUCAAAUUGAAACUCAAAAUUCAAAUAAGGCUGACAAAUACAAAUAGGAAAUCACAUAAAAUGGGCGACACAUCGCGAAGUAUAGUCGCGAUAGCUUUUGUAGUAUUUUUAAGUUUAAACAAAGUACAUUGUGAUGCACCAUUAGUUGAUUCAGCAGCACUGCCAUUAGAACAUAGAAGCGUAUAUGGACCACCACCACCUUCUCCAGUUUAUGGACAACCCCAAGGACAUUCAGGAAGUGGACAUGCAAGCGGGGGUCAUUCAGGUGGUGGUGUAAGUGCUGGAGGAGAUGAUCCAUGGCCACUUGGUGCCACACAAGAUAAUCCACAAAUUAAACAUUUACAAGUGCAAUGUGAAAAGACUCACAUGCGUGUUAAUAUUGAAUUUGAUCGUCCAUUCUACGGUAUGAUUUUCUCGAAAGGUUUCUACAGUGAUUCACAUUGUGUGCAUAUGAAAUCUGGAACUGGUCACUUAAGUGCCACAUUCGAAAUCUUCUUAAAUAGCUGCGGUAUGUCUAGCUCAGCAAACCAUAAUGCCAAUCAAUUCGGUGCACCAACACCAUCAGGAAGCUACGUUGAGAAUACAAUUAUCAUCCAAUAUGAUCCAUAUGUUCAAGAAGUGUGGGAUCAGGCACGUAAAUUACGUUGCACAUGGUAUGAUUUCUAUGAAAAAGCAGUUACGUUCCGACCAUUCCAAGUAGAUAUGUUACAUGCCGUUACUGCCAAUUUCUUGGGAGAUAAUCUUCAAUGUUGGAUGCAAAUUCAAGUCGGAAAGGGUCCAUGGGCAUCAGAAGUCAGUGGAAUUGUAAAGAUUGGUCAGACAAUGACAAUGGUACUUGCUAUUAAAGAUGAUGAAAAUAAAUUUGACAUGCUUGUAAGAAACUGUGUAGCACAUGAUGGAAAACGUGCACCAAUUCAACUUGUUGACCAAAACGGAUGCGUUGUAAGACCAAAGAUUAUGAGUAAAUUCCAGAAAAUUAAAAACUUUGGACCGUCUGCGUCUGUCGUUAGUUUCGCCUACUUCCAAGCAUUUAAAUUCCCAGAUUCAAUGAAUGUACAUUUCCAAUGUGUAAUUCAAGUUUGUCGUUAUAACUGCCCCGAACCAAAAUGUCAUGGACAAGGAGCAUUGGCUGGUGGAUAUGAAUUACCAGGACCAUCGGGAGAAUAUGGCGGGCCUCAUCUUGCACCAGAAUAUGGUGUUCCACCAGCAGCUUACCCAGAUCCUCGUCAUCCAGCAGAUACAGACGGAGCAUUCUCAGAAAAUCAAGAAUCAGUCGUCGCACCACCACAACAACAAACUGGACCAAAUUCAGCUGAAAAUCAAAGUGACGAACAAGUUCCACAGCCACAACAGCAACAACAGAAGCAACCAAAUCAAUCACAAAAUGAUAUUCACUUACCUCCACCACCACCACCAGGUCAAAGCUAUAAUACAGUUAAGCGAAAGGAUACAUAUGACAAUAGUGGUAAUUUAAUGACAAUUGGAGGUCGUCCACGAUCUGUUGAAGGUUUGGAUGAUUUAAGAGGAGCCAGAAGACGUCGUGAGACUGAAACAAUGUCAUUCGUUGUUAAACCACGUAUCUACAAACGUGAUGCUCAGGAAAUGACAGAUGUCAAUACAAGCAGAGUAAUUCAAGUUGUUGCACCUGGAGAUGUCAACUUCCAAUUAAAUAAUUCAGCAAAUAAUGAGACAGUCGUGAUCUCAUCAAGAACUGUCGAUCCAGAAACAAUCUGUAUGUCAGUGCCUAGCUUCGUAGGUGGAUUAGUCAUGUUACUUUUAGUCUUAGCAGUUGCAUCACUUGUAGCCGCUUUCCUUUUUGUCCGUGUGAGACAUUUCGAUCGUAAAGGCGCAACAGCUUAUGUUUCUGAAUUUAUGAAAGUUAAUUAAAUUAUGAGAGAAUUUAAAGAAAAUUUUUUUGGAAAUUUUGAAAAUGAAAAUUAAACAAAAAAAAAAUGAAAAUCUAAAAAACCAAAACGAUAAACAAAUGAAAAAAUUUAUUGCUCCUAUUCUUUUCUUGCUGAACACUUUGUAGAUCUUCAGGGAACUUGCAAGAAAGAUGAUGGUCACAAAACAAUUUUUUUAUUUAAAUGAAAUAUCCCUUUUACGUAAUUUAUUCACGCUCGCAUUUCCACCCUAUUAUAUCUAUUUAUUUAUUUAUUUUCUCAUCACACUAAUAAUAAAUAAAAUAAAGAAAGCACAUGAUGAAUCUCACGAUAACGAAAUGGACUCUAAGACAUUGGUGCCACUAUAGAGCUAAGAAAAGUUAUUUUGAUUAAUUUAUAAAAAUUAAGUGGCAUCAAUGAACAAUUUUACUUUUCUUAUUUAUUAUUUUAAAUACACACACACAUACUAUUUAUUUUGAUCUUUCCAUUUCCCUUACUAAAUUUUAUGGUUUUAUCAACCUAUUUAUAUUAAUUUUGCGAAACGAUUUAAAGAGAAAUACGACGAAAAAUAAAUAAAAUAAAAAAUUUAAAAAAAUUUCGAAAUUCAGUUUUGAAUAAGCGGUAAAUUUUAUAAAUUCUUUUGGCGGUAAUUACUUACUAUAUAUGAAGCAUAAUAAUUUUAAAAUUACUACUCAUUUUGGAUCCGAAAAAGAUGAAGACUAUUUCAUGCACAUUGAGUUAUAACGAUUAUUAAUUGAUCUUUCAUAUCAUUUACAAAUUGUUGAAUCUUCAAUGAUAUUUAACAUCGUAUCGACAAAAAUCUUUAGAAUCUCUUGGCAAAAAAUACCUUCAAUGGAGUUGGCAGGUUUUUGAAUUUUUAACUGAUGGUCUUAAGUUUCUAAUGAGAAACUAAGUGAUAUUUUUGAGUUCAUACUUUAAUUUCAAUCAAUGUUUUUUGCUAGGUGCCUAUAGCUAGGUUUCAAGCUUAGAAAUAGAACAGCUCCUGCUGAAGUUAACCUUAGGCUAGAAAACAGCUUAAGCAUUGAAAUGUGCUUAGCUCAGUUCUUGUUUAAUCAAUGACAACCUCUAGCAUACAGCUCUAGUCUCGAUGUUAAUGUCAACCUUUAUGCUUGCAAACUCCAAUCUUAAAAUUUGUAGAUUCAAAUUAAAUCUAUUGAUCUGUAUCAAGUUUUUAUUUACUGAAAAUUUCGCUAAUCGUUCAGAUUGAUAAAUUUAAUUUUUCCAGGGAUUUUUAAUAGCUCUUAAUUCUCUUUUUGAUCUAAAAUUAUAAAUUAAAAUAAAGCCUUUUAAUGUAAAUAUUUAUUUUAUGAUAAAUAAUAUAAUAAAUGUAAUGAAAAUGAAAAGAAUAUGAUGGAAGAAAAAUAGAAAUGAAAUUGCGAAUAAAAAAAAAUUAUAAAGAAAUUCGAGUCGAGAACUUUGUGUUGUUAGGAUGAAUAUGUUUACAUUUUUUUGAGAAAUUGGAAAUUAUAUUUUGAAUAACAUACGUACGAGAAAUAAAGAAAACGAAACAUUUUUCAAAUUAAUUCUAUUGUUUGGCGAUCAUCUGCAUCAUUUGUAAUCAUUUAUAUC